AUGGCUCAAAAAUAUAUUGAUGAGGAAGAGAUGAAUGCUAUGAAAGACAACGAUUGGACAAGGGAUCCGGGACGAUCGAGAGGAGAGCGAUCACGAGAGGGCAAGCAACGAUCUGAGAAGGAUUGCGAACGGAGAGGGCCGUAUGUGCCUCGAUAUCACAAAUACACCCCAUUGACAACUACUAGUGAGAAGGUGAUGACGAUGGUCGAGAAGGAGGGCCUCCUGCAAUGGCCGGGUAAGAUGCGUGAUACCCCGGCUAAGAAAAACUCACAUAAAUAUUGCAGGUUCCAUAAAGACAAAGGGCAUAACACGGAGGACUGCUACCAACUGAGAGACGAGAUCGAAAGGCUAGUGAGGCAAGGUUAUUUCAAACAUCUGAUUGACAGGAGAGCUGAAGCAGGUGAUCGCAGCAGGUCGCGAAGCCAUGAGCGACACCAGAGGGACGAGGUAGGGAAGAGUACAGCUCAGGAUAAUCCACCCACGAAGGGCAUUAUCCAUACUAUAUCUGGUGGGCCGACAAAUGGAGACUUAAUGAGGUCGAGGAAAAAAUAUGCCAGGGAAAGCAAGUCCAGAUACGGACAACAAGUGAUGCAUGUAGAAAAACAAGAAAAUAUAGUCUUUGGAGAUGAAGAUAUGAGUGCGGAUGCUCCUGACCAGAACGAUCCCAUGGUUAUAAAAAUGGACAUCGCCAACUACCAGGUACACAAAGGGUUGAUUGAUAAUGGUAGUUCUGUUGACAUUAUUUUCUGUGAUGUUCUCAGGAAAAUGGAUUUGGGAAAUGUGAGAUUGAAGCCUGUCCAGACACCCUUGGUCGGAUUUGGGGGUAGCGAGGUCGUUCCCGAAGGGGUGACAGAGUUGCCAGUUUCACUGGGGGAGGAACCCAAGAGAAAGACCUGCAUGGUUCAAUUAUUGGUGGUUGACAGUCCGUUCGCAUAUAAUGUGGGGAUAGGGGAAGUGAUAUGCGACCAACGAACAGCGAGGCAGUGUUAUAAUCUAGCUGUUAAGCAGGGAGAAGCCAUGAAAAACGAGAAGAGAAAAGAGGAGAUGAGUCAAAGCGAGGAGGCAAAACGAGGAAAGAUGGAAAGAAUCGAGCCGUUAGAAGAAUAUAAGGAGGUCAAGCUAAUUUCAGAAAAUUUCCAGAAAACGACCCGUAUUGGGUCGCAGAUGACGAAGGAGAUGGAAACAAUGAUGAUUGAUUUUUUGCGGAAUAAUAACGAUCUCUUUGCGUGGAGGCCCUCUGAUUUUCAAGGUAUAAACCCCAAGGUAAUUGUACAUCGGCUUAAUAUUGAUUCACAGGUUAAGCCGGUGAAACAAAAAAAGAGAGUAUUCGGGGUCAAAAGGAAUAGGAUCAUCGAAGAAGAAGUUAAUAAGUUGCUGCAAGCUGGGUUCGUUAGAGAAGUCCAAUACACGACCUGGUUAUCAAAUGUGGUUAUCGUUCCAAAAGCAGCUGGAAAAUGGAGAAUGUGUACGGACUACACUGAUCUUAACAAAGCAUGCCCAAAAGAUCCAUACCCGCUUCUGAGGAUCGAUCUGCUGGUGGACUCAACGGCGAGAUGUGCACUGUUUAGCAUGAUGGACGCUUAUCAGGGCUACCAUCAAAUUUUUAUGACCAAGGACGAUGCAGAGAAAACUGCGUUCGUGACCGAGAAAGGGGUCUAUUGCUACAAUGUAAUGCCAUUCAGAUUGAAGAACGCAGGAGCGACCUACCAGAGAUUGGUCAAUCAAAUGUUCAAAGAUCAUAUCGAAAGUACUAUGGAAGUAUAUGUUGAUGAUAUGCUGGUCAAAAGCAAGCAGGAGGACGAUCACUUGACAAACUUGCGAACAGCUUUUGACAUUAUGCUAUCUUACGGCAUGGAGCUGAAUCCAUCUAAGUGCACCUUCAGGGUGCGUGGGGGUAAGUUUUUGGGUUAUAUGGUUAGCGAGCGGGGCAUCGAGGCUAAUUCAGAAAAAAUGAAGGCGAUCAUGCAGCUGGGGUCGCCGAAGUCGAUAAAGGAAGUGCAGCAGCUAACGGGAAAGGUCGCAUCGCUAAAUCGCUUUAUAGCCAGGUUUGCUGAUCGUAAUUUACCCUUCUUUAAGGUUUUGCGAAAAUCGAACAAUUUUGAAUGGAAUGAGGAAUGCGAACAGGCUCUUCAGGAGCUAAAAUUGUAUCUAACUACCCCACCACUACUUUCUAAUCCCAUGAUUGGAGAGAAGUUGUAUGUGUAUUUAGCUGUUUUUGAUAACGCAGUAAGUUCGGUGCUGAUUCGAGAAGAAAACGGCAAACAAAACCCCGUGUACUAUGUAAGCAAGAUGUUGCAAGGGGCGGAAAAGAAAUACAUCCAGAUCGAGAAGCUAGCGUUAGCCUUGGUGAUAACAGCGCGAAAAUUGCGACCUUACUUCCAAUCCCACCCCAUUGUUGUGCUGACUAAUCAUCCUUUGAAGCAGGUUAUGUCAAAACCGGAUACAUCUGGCAGGAUGAUCAAAUGGGCAGUGGAGCUAGGAGAAUUUGACAUCGAAUUUCAGACAAGGAAUGCAAUAAAAGCGCAAGUGUUUGCCGAUUUCUUGGUCGAGUUCGUUGGUGAACAGCCAGAAAAAGAGGAGAAAUGGUUGUUGCAUGUAAAUGGGUCGUCGACCUCGAAGAAUGGAGGAGCCGGUAUUUACCUACAGGGACCGGAUGGAGCUGAGAUCGAGAUCGCUGUGAGGUUAAAUUUCCCGGCUACAAACAACGAAGCUGAGUACGAGGCUUUAAUUCAAGGAUUGCAGACAGCGCUAGAUGGAGGUAUAAGGCAGGUGGGGCCCAGUGCACAGGUGCAGCAGCGGCGGUAG